AUGACAAAGAGGUCCUGGCCCGCGGGUGUUACGUCUUGGGAGGACACAGUGAAGUUUGCACAGCUGCUGUUUGGCAUGGACAUUCCUUUUGAGAACUAUUCAGAGAGACUGCCGCACGCAACAGAGAAGUCGUUCCUUCUUUUCGCAAAGGGCGCAUGCGCAGAGGGAAGGCCUCUGCGCAAGAUCCAAGAAUUCAUUCCAAAGCAGAUGGAGGAGAUUGCAGAAUGGGAACAAAAUGUUCGUGGCAACUCGUCUAGACCGACCAAGUCGCAGCAGAUGCUCGGAAGGGAUAAAAGCCAGGUGUAUUACUGGAGCGUGCAGUUGACGCGUGCUUCCUGUUUGUGUCGUUCGGUCUUCGGAGCUGAUGCUCAUCAGAAACAUGUGCCGACCUCUGCAGAAGUCUGGGGGACCGCGAGCAAGUUCGCGAAACUAUGGGACGCUACCUUGGCACGGAACUAUGCUCACUUUCAAACUCCACACAUGCGCCCAAUUUGGCUGGACAGGACGUGGCAGGUUUUGUGGAACUGGAACGACCACAAGCAGCACCAUCACAUUGAACCUCACGCAGACUUAUGUGCCACAUACAAUCAUCUGGAUCCUAUCGCUUCUUUGUCCUUCGGUCACGGGGGUGUACUGACUUUGACGUCCAACAUUAAGAGGUCCAAGACGCCAGUUGGACCGACGAAGAUGUUGUACCAGUCAGACGGGGAUGCCUUGCUGAUGGCUGGACAGUUUCAAUCAGAGUUUUUGCACGGCGUACCUGCGCGCCGCACCUGGAGUGAAUUGAGGUCCAGUUCCAUGUAUGCCGGAAUGCAGACGUGGGAGAAAACGGGGAUGAGCCGGGAGAUUGAGAUGCACCAGGGAGCUGUGACGGAUGACCCGCAUGUGCGCAUGAAUUGUACAAUCCGCUGGCACUCCUCACAUUUCCCGGGCUGUCCGCAGGCCUUUGCUGAUCCAUCCGUUCUGGCUCGGCCGGGGGAGUUGUCUACUCCAGCUGCAGGAAGUCGCCAGCGGACUCCACCGAAGGAGUCUUCUACUCAAGCAACUCAGCCGCUUUUGACUGGGGCUGCCCAGGCACCAGCUGCCCGCGUGCAGGAACCACCUGUUUUUAGCGGCAUCCGGAGGCAAGAUUCUGCAGACGAGCAGCCAAGCUCUUCCAAGACACAGCGCCUGUCGAGCCUCGAAGAAUCGCAUGAGACGAUUCGGCAUCUUUUGGCUUGUAUUGACGCGUGUGUUCGACACAGCGAGCUGUUCGCGCUGGGGACGGUCGACUGCCUGAGGCGGCAGCUCUUGAUCGCGUCGGAGGCCGUCCAGAGAUGUGGCUUCGACGAGUCCAAGGCAGACGGGAACUGA